GAAAGAAAGAAGCUUCCCGCCGCGGUCUCAGCUUAUUUUAGGGAGCUGCUGAAAUGAAACUUCAUUGUUUAUCCACCAGAACGACCUUCACAGCUUUAAACAAAAAUGGGUCAGCUCAGGUUCUAUUCUUAAUAUCUGCCUGGGAUUUCAUAUUUCCUUGUUUAUUUAUGUAUUUAUUUGUUUUGCCAAUAUUAGAAAAUUGGUUAAAUUUUGCGUUUAAAUAGUAUCCAUUUGGGUGUCAGCAAGUUGAUAGUAAGUUUCUGUUUUUCUUUGUAAAUUAGAUGCAUCAUGGGUGCUUUUGAAUUCGGUAGUUGGGAUUUGUAAGUGACAUGAUAGUAAUGUAGUUUACAUUCAUUUUGGAAGAAGGAAGAGUUAAAAGAACGAAAAUUUUAAACAAUAUGUGGCAUGUUGAUACAUCUAACUUCCAUUAGUUAGAAAAGGAUUAGUUCAGUAAAGACUGGUUUCCAUCAAUGUCCUCAGUGAGGAGGAUAUGCUGCCUCGAGCUUUAUGAAUGUAAAUAAUGUCUUUUGUCAGUGUUGUUCCCCAAAAUUGGAGAAAACCGGCAUCAGUUUCUUAGAGUUAGAGAGAGAUAUGUCGGUUUGUUGAAAGUUAGCACUGUUUAUGAGAAUUGAAGAGGAAUACAGUGAUAUAUACUGCAAGUUUUGCAAUAGCAUGGUCCUAGAACUUGAACAUCCUUCGUACAACUAUGCUCUGAUGUUUGGCCUUUACAUGUUGUGGUUGUGGCAACUUGGCAUCACAUCAAUCAUGGUUGAUGUAGUCAAUACGUUAUUGCAAUGCUGCCUUUCACAAAAUUAAUUAGCCACCUCAUUUCAUGAAAAUUUCUUCCUUGCUCUCUCCUUCCAUUUUCCUUUUGCUGGUCAUAUUUCUGGGCAAUUGAUGAUAAAAUGCUAGUAUAUUCAUUUAAGAUACAGGAAACAUAAUGCACACUUCUAUAGCUUAUCGAUACUAUCUUCCAUGCUAUUAUAGUAGCUUUCUGGGAUUCAGACUAACAGUUGACCAGUGUCAGGCACUACCCAAAUUCAAACUUAGUGGUGAAGAGUUCUUGUCAAAAUUGCUUGACAGAAGGUGGACAUUGCUCAGUCCUGAUACCAAAAUUCAUCAAAUUAUGGUUUCUUCAACAAAAGGGCAAAACAGUGGGGGAGUGCUUAGUAAUGUUUCUUUCUUAAACAAUAAUCAGCCUUAUCUUGGCAACAAGAUGUUUGAGGACAAUCAAGGCUUGUCAUUCUAUAUUGUGAGGGAUGAUUUAUUGCAUCCCUUUGUCAAUGGCAAUAAAGCUAGAAAACUGGAUGGACUGCUUCCUCUCAUUGAAGAUCAUGAUGUGACUGAUGUGGUUACAUGUGGCGGUUGUCAAAGUGCACAUGCAGCAGCUGUUGCUGUUUCUUGUGCAGAGAGAGGGCUGAAGUCACACUUGCUUCUACGAGGGGAGCAGCCUGCAAUUCUGACUGGCUAUAACUUGAUUUCAACAAUAUAUGGAAAUGUAACAUAUGUUCCCAGAUCCUUUUAUGCCCAUAGGGAAAAAAUGCUAGAAACUCAUGCUAGUAUGGUUGCAGGCAGUAGUGGUAAUGUUGUAUAUUGCAAUGAUAUUAUUGAUGCGUUUAUAACAGCCCAGACAUUUGAGCGUUCAAAGUUUGUGCAAAUGGAUGCUCCUAGAGGCACCAAGAGCCACUCAACAAAGGUUCUUGUAGUCAAUGAAGGCGCAGGAGAUGCUGUUGCAUUGCUAGGUCUAUUUCGUUUGGUUGACUACCUAUCUCAGGACCAUUUACUUGGAAGAACGAGGGCUUUCAACUUUGUUGUGGAUUCUGGUACUGGGACAACUGCUGUCGGUUUAGGCCUUGCUGCCCUGUGUUUAGGGCUUCCUUGGAAAGUUACUGCAGUAAUGUUGGCUAACACAAUUGAUGCAUACAGAGAACAAGAAAGACGCUUAAUUUUUGAAUUUAAGAGGCAGUUUUGUUUUCUUCUUGAUAUUCACAAACUAAAUGGUGCAGAUGAUGGAAUUGUGCACUGGGUAGACCAUAUUCGUCCAAGAAAAUUUGGCAACAUUUUGGAAGGGGAAAUAGAGGCUUGCCAGCAAAUUGCACAGAAAACUGGUAUUCUAGUGGAUCCUGUCUAUACCUUAGCCGCUUGGGAAAUGGCAACACAAAUUACCACUGCACACGGAGAUGCCGAUGUGGUGAUGCUUCACACUGGCGGCACACUUGGAAUGUUUGGAUUAGCACAGAGGUACAAAUCAUACUUCGGUAUGCUCAACGAUGUAACAAAGAGUUAAUUUUUUGUAUGUUAUUAUUUCCAACUCUAUUUUCUCCAUAAGAGGUUUGUAUUAAUUUUGGUGUGGGAGCAGAGUAACAGAAAAAGGGAAAGAGAGACAAAUAAGGGUUCCUAUUAUACGGAGGUUUAACCAAAAUUUAGUGUAUUCAUUUUGUGUAGAAUAUGGUAUAUUUGACUUGGCAAGUAAGUUUAUAAAGUUGUAUCUUUCUAAUUCUA